CCCGCUCCUUAUCUUUCCAAUGCUCAGAGCCGUGUUCGUGUGUAUUUGUGUGAGUGUAUAAAUGGGAGUGGGUGAGGAGCGACAAUAUGAGAGGCAGCGGCGCUGGAGGAGCAGAUGUGAUGCUCGAACAGCAGGAAGCAGAUUGUAAUUAGCGGAGGAAACGUUAACGGGAAUAACCGGAUUAUGAGGAUUUGAGGAGGAGAAGUCGCCUGAAUCCGGUAUCACAAACAGCGGGGGGAUUAAGUUCCAGGCGCCGUCACUCCACUAGCUGCGCUCCGGGUGUCAUGGGGAUCGACCGGCGGCGGAGAGCCUCCCUGGCUCUCACCUUGAACUUCCUGGCCCUCUUUCUGGCCGUGUCGGCUCUCACCACCAGCUACUGGUGCGAGGGGAUGCGGAAGGUGGUGAAGCCGUUCUGCACCGGUCCGGUCACCUCCAAGCAGGCGUUUUGCAUCAUGUUCAACAGCUCCAACAUCAACGACUCGCGUGUGGUGCAGUACAUCUGGGAGACCGGGGAGGACAAGUACUUAAUGAGGAAAUUUCACACCGGCAUCUGGUUCUCCUGCGAGCAGAACAUCAACAUGACCGGUGAAAAAUGCCGAAGCUUUAUUUAUGUGGCACCGGCGAAUGAAAGAGGAGUGCUGUGGCUGUGCAUCGUGGCAGAGUGCCUGUACAUCCUGCUGCUGGCCACCGGAGGCAUCCUCAUGUCUUUAGAAGUGUGUCACAUUGGCAAUGUCAUUGACGGCCUGAAGCUCAAUGCCUUCGCUGCCAUAUUCACUGUGCUCUCAGGUCUGUUAGGUAUGGUGGCCCACAUGAUGUUCACCACAGCCUUCCAACUGACUGUCAGUCUGGGUCCCGAGAACUGGAAACCUCAAACAUGGGACUACAGCUGGUCGUACAUAUUAGCAUGGAGCUCUUUCACGGCCUGCAUGGCGUCCUCGGUCACUACCAUCAACCGAUACACCAAAACCAUCCUGGAGUUCAAGCAUAAGCGCAGGAACAUUGAGAAGAACCUGAAGAUCAAGCAGAAGCUACUGGAACUGGACUCUCCGGAGCAAGUUUGGGACAUGUACAUCAGCUCGGUGCCGAGCACUGCCGAAGAGCUUCUGGACCUGUCGACGAACGGCCGUAAACUCUCCAAUGCCUCCAUUUUCCUGGACCUCAACGACCUGCCUGACCCACAGGGCGAGGAGUAUUGCUAGAGGAGCCUUUGGAGACAUCACAACAUGGAUGUUAUGUUCUGUGUGGUGCAGUGUGAAUACUGUAAAAAGGCUAGCCGAAACCCUUACUUUUUUUCUUUUCCACCACACAACUUUGUACAAUUAACUUCCUGCUCUGCCUGGCUCUCCACCAGCUCGUAAGAUGUGAAGGUGGAUUCUUAUGCUGAGUUUACACAUUUUAAUUAAAGUUUAGCUGGUAGAUCCAACCAUCUGGUAAACCUAAAUUUAACACUGCGCUAAUCCAAGGUUGGACCCACUGUGGGAUGGACUGUUUUUCACCAGCAGCAAACACUGUAAUUUUCUGGUAUUAAAACAUCAGCUCAGUUUUCAAAUGUAUGCUGUGAGAUGCUGUAUUUUCUCAUGUAUACGACACAUAAAAGUUAGGAGUCAAUAUAUACUGCACUAAGAUCAUUAUUCUGGGCAGUUUCCAAGAUAGCACAGGUCCUAUUGAUAUUUUGUUUUUCCUUUAAAACUGUUUUACCAACCAAAUUUGAUUUAACUUGGUUUCAAUGUGAAGAACAGCAACUGAAUGAAUCCAUCCUGAAUCUUCAGGACUGAGUACAUUUCAAGUUUAGACCAUUAAUAAACAUAAAUCAAAUAAACAUAGCUGGUGAGUCAUAAAUUAAAUGAAGGUCAUGAUGAUGACAUUAGGAUGUUUUGAAAUAUAUAUAACCUUUACCUAAGAGUCAAACUGUGCAUUGUCUUCGAUUUUUGUAUUCAUGUUAGCUAGCUAGGUAACCUCAAAAACGUAGUUAGCUAAUAUGCUGAUUACUGACUAUUAUUUCACAGCAAAUGCUUUAUUCUGUCAGCUGCCUACCAAAAGACCAAGGAAAAUCAUUUAUUUUUGCCUAAACCUUGACCUAUGAAAAAGCUUGGAUAGUUCAUUUCUUUUAUUAUAAGAAAUCUGUAUCUUUCCUCCUGGAUAUAGUUUGAAAAAUCUAUCUAUUCUUUGAAAAGGUAUCUGCCCACUUAGAGAUUUCUUCAGUUUUUGCUUUUUUGUCCUACUUAGAUGUUUCAGAUGAUACAACAACAGGAAAACUCUAUGAAUUCCAUAAUUUAUGGCAAGAUGUGCAGGUCCUGAAGCAGCAAAGCAGCCCAAAUUAAUUACGCAGACACCGCUAUGUUUGUCUGUCAGUGUAGUGUCCUUUUUUAGAAAUGCUAGUUUUACACCAAUUGCAAUGGGGAAUGCAACUUCCAAGAAAUUCCAGUUCUGUCCUAUUCUUCCACAGAAUUAUUGCUCUAAAGUCUUAGAUAUAAUCAAGAUGUUUUUUGAGUAAAUGUGAGAUGGGCUUUUGUGUUCUUUUUGGUCAGCGGUGGUUUUGGCCCUCUCCGGGGGGAUGCAGUUUUUGCCCAGUCUCUUUCUUAUCAUUGAAUUGUGAACUCUGACCUUAGCCAAAGAAAGUGUUGCCUGCAGAGCUCUAUUGUUUAUUAUUGAGAAUAAUUGUGGUAGGCCAGCCACACCUGGGAAGGUUCACCACUGUCCCAUGUUUUCUGCAUUUGUGGAUAAUUGCUCUGUCUGUGGUUCGCCAUGUUCCACAGCCUUAGACAUGGCUUUAUGAGAGGUUUUGGUUUUGAUCUGAUUUUUUUUGUUUUGUUUUGUUUUUUUACAUUCUAGCAUGAUGUGUUGCUUUUUGAGAUCUUUUAGCCUACUUAAUUUUGUCAGAAAGAUUCUCUUUAUUCCUCAAAUUAGACAGUAAUCAGACCUGGUAUGGUUAGUGAAAUUGGUUGGUUUGGAUGCCCAAAUGAAACCAUCUUUUUAAAACAGUUUUUUACUCACAUUAUCUUUAUCUAAAAUGAACAUAUUUUGAUUAUCUGAAACAUUGGCAUUGACAAAGAAGCAACAACAGAAGAAAUCUGUAAAGGGGCAACACUUUUUAACAGCACUGUAUCUAGGAGGUCUGUCAACAGUAACACUAGAACACAUAAAUCUGUUAGAACCACAUUACAGGCUGCUGAGUACUUCACAUUCAUUUCUCAAGGAUGUUAUUAGCUGUGUACCUCUGCUAAGCAUUAUUGCUAAAAAGGGAAAACUCUUCUACCUUGUAGGUUGAUGAGAAAGUGAAGUUAAGGAACAACUGAAUGAAAGCUCUGAGAAAGAACUGGCUUGAUUCCAGUCCCAGUCAACAUAAGUCAAAAUAAAGCAACCAUAUUCAAGAGUUUAGAGAAUGUACUGAUCAUUUGACUUUUCUUAUUGAUGAAGCUGUGAAAAGACGCUUAACCUGUGACUCUGGGACCCUUGACAGCUGUAGAUGCUGAUUGCUGACACUUCUGGCAUUAAAGACCUCUACUUACUAUAUAUCUGAGAGACUAGACACUGCCUUCUUUUCACAACAAAUGAACCAAAUGCAGUUGUUUGAAACACAGUUGUACUAUGGCAAAAUAUGAGUUUUCAAAGCUAUGUUAGACAGGCUCCAGACUGAGCAGACAUAAAGAAUUUCCAAAACCUGAACUGGAGGACUAUGCUCUUUCACCCUCUGAGACACAAGAAGCUGGAUUAAAAAGGAAAAAAUGGAUGGAGGAUACCUAAAGGAAACAUUGAGUGCCUUUACAUCCAGAAACAUGCCUCUGAUCACACAGCAUGCUUAAAAAGGGGAAAGCCAUUUCUCUGCCUAAUAGCUUCUGAAGCUACAGUUAGAUGUCCGUGCAAAUUGCCAAAAGUUAUCCUGGGGAGAAACGAGCCUCUUUCUAAGCUUUCUGUUUGUACUUUUACAUUAUAUUAAUAAUGCAGAACUUGAUAGACUCACAAGAGAACUUUAGUCUACAGGCAUUUUAAGUGCAUUUCGACUUAUUUUUGAGUAGCAUUAAUGGCUUUCCAACAUAUUCGGUCUAAGUUUCAAUAAUUUCCCCCCAGCCUGGGUUAAAAUAAGGCUAAAGCAUGAUUUAUUUUGUCUUUAUGUGUGCUUCUUAUCAUACAAUAUUUACUGUGUCUAUUUUUCUGUGGUGUCUCUUUGUUAUACUUUUGUGGGUGAUUAGAGUAAUAUAUAUAUAUAUAUAUAUAUAU